AUGUCGGUUAGCGGAUUUAGAACAACGACACCACUGUUUCCGGCGCCAGCUCCUCGGAGAAAGUAUCCCUUGGAAAUUAAGGCUGGAAGAUUAUUUCGCGAUGGAGAGACGAAUUUGGUUAAACCUGACGAUAAGAAAGGAUUGGUAUACAUGGAUCAGGGAGAUGAUGGAUUGAUGCACUUUUACUGGAAGGAUCGGAAAACUGGAACUGUUGAAUUGGUAACCAUAUUGGCCAUUAUCACCAUACGCAACGUUGAAUUCGCAUCUGCUUAUUAUUUUUAUUUGCCAAACAUCGACAUGUCCAGGAUCUCAUCGUCAUUCCUGGGGAAUGCGAGUUCGUCCGAGUGCCACAAUGAGAACUACUUUUUCUGGGCUCAGAACGCGAAAGAUGACAAGGACGAGGAAAAUCUUGCCAAAGUAAACCGAUUAAUUAACGAUCCACAAAGUGCGCUGGCGGAGAAUAGACAGCAAAGUAGUGGCAGCAGCUCUAUGCCGGGUACAUUUCGUCCAAUGGACGAUUUUUCCAGUCUGGGAAUGGACCAAGAUCAGUUGUUUCAAAUCUUACAGCAGCAUGGUGCCUUUGGAGGAUUAAAUAUUCCUGCGACAACACCAGCAACAGAACCGCAAUCUUCAACAAACAUUUUACCCGAAGAGCAUUUAACAACGCCCGCUUCCGAACAAGCGGGCAUGACAUCUGAACAAUUAGGCAGUCUCAGAAACAUUUUGUCUAGAAUACAAGUUCCGGAUUUGAAUUUGGCAGACAUUCUUACGCCAUCCGCGAUUGAGCCAUUAUUGAAUAACCCAGAAAUAGCAGCAGCAUUAUUCCCAGAAAUUCCCCAAAACAUUGAAAGAACACCAGAGGAGUUACGAGAAGUCAUGCGAAGCCCGCAGUUCCAUCAAGCUUUACAGACGCUCAGUGUUGCCUUGCAAUCAGGAGAAUUAGGACCAUUAUUGUCACAACUUGGUCUGGAUCCGUCUGCUGGUAAUGGUGUGGAAGCAUUUCUUCGUGCUAUUCAAGAACAAGUGCAAGGUCAGCAAGGUGAAGGAAGUGAGCGGUCACGGGAUAACAAUACAGACCAAGAUUAUCCGGAAACCGAUAGAAUGGAUGAAGAUUAG